UCCCGGUUUUUCUUUGACAUGCGAAGAAGCGCAGGCUCUCCUGGUUCGUGUGUGGGUGUUUGACAGAUGGAGUAAGUCUGACUCGGGACUAUAGGAACUAAGGAAAAACAUCAAGAUAUUCGGCCUCUGCUGCCAUGAGAGUCGAACAGCAGAUUGAACAUGGAGAGAACUCAACGAAUUCGCCUGUCUCUCCUGGUUCUGCCUCCAAGAGCCAGAUGUUGAUCAACCAGCUCAGAGAGAUCACAGGGAUCCAGGACGCCCAGCUCCUCCACACAGCCCUGAGCGCCAGCCAGGGGGACAUCAGCCAUGCCGUGGGACUGCUAACCGCUCAGUCUGCAGGGGAGGACCAGGGAGCCAGGGAGCUCACCGCCGCUGACGCCCACCAGGGGGCCUGGGACGAGGGGAAAGCCCCCCCUAAAGACGACCUCCAGACCGCCAUAGAACUGAGCCUGCAGCAGUCCCAGGAGGAACAGGAGGAGGAGAGGGAGCUCACCAGGGCUCUGGAGGCGAGCGCGGAGGACAGCGCUGCCCGGGUGAAGAGGAAGAGGUGCGAGGCCCAGGGAGAGAGCUGCAGCCCUGCCGACUGGCUCCGUCAGGAGGGCUGGCCUGUGGGGCUCCGCAACAUAGGCAACACCUGCUGGUUCAGCGCCGUCAUCCAGUCCCUAUUCCACCUGCCAGUGUUCCGCCGGCUGGUUCUGAACUACUGUCUGACAGAACGCCUGCUGGAGAAAUGCAAGAGCCACUCUGACAAGAGGAACGUAGCCUUCAUGCAGGAGCUGCGCUGCCUGUUCUCCCUCCUGUUGGGAUCAUCACGCAGGUUCAUAGAUCCCUCCGCCGCCGUCGACCUGCUCAGAGAGGCCUUCAGGUCCAGCGAGGCCCAGCAGGAUGUGAGUGAGUUCACACACAAGCUGCUAGACUGGCUGGAGGAUGCCUUUCAGCUGGCAGCCAAUGGGAAGAACCCUGAGGAUAAGCAGGAGAACCCCAUGGUUCAGCUGUUCUACGGGACGUUUGUAGCGGAGAGAACCCUUGAUGGUAAAACCUUGUCCAAUAUUGAGCAGUUUGGUCAGUACCCCCUGCAAGUGAAUGGUUUCAACAACCUGGACGAGUGUCUGGAAGGUGCCAUGCUGGAGGGGGAGAUCGAAGCUCUGCACUCGGAUCAAACCAUUACGUUUGGCAGGGAGGUGAGCAACUUCCAGAGAUGGUUCUCAAAGCUACCGCCUGUCCUGACCUUUGAACUGUCCAGGUUUGAGUUCAACACCCAGCUCGGUCGCCCAGAGAAGAUUCACAAAAAGCUGGAGUUCCCUCAGAUUAUUUACAUGGACAGAUACCUUCACAAAAACGUCCAACAGACCCACGACAGACGAGGAGAGGUGAGGAGACUGAAGGAGCAACUCACCGUCCUGCAGCAGAAACUGGAGUGCUAUAAGAACUAUGGCUCAGGGCCUGCUAAGUACCCCCUGGCCGAUAUGCUCCAGUACAUGCUGGAGUUUGCCACCACCAAGCCCACCAGCUUGUCCCCAGCCGAGGAUGUGAGGCAGGCCUCCUCCUCCCCCACGCCCCAGGGCCCCCCGGGCCCCCCACACCUCGACCCCCACCCUGACGACAGCACCCACCCUGACCCCGGGUCCCCCGGGUCCUCGGACUCCUCCUCGUGCCAGCAGAGGACCCCCAUCUACAAGCCCUUCACCCAGUGCCGGCCCCCCAUGGACAUGCCCCCUCACCCCGCCCCCCACAGUGUGUCGGAGGAGGAGCUGCGCUCCAUCAAGGCCUGCCUCAUUCGCUGGAGGAGCGAGGUGGAGAACAACAUGAACGAACUAAAGGCCAGCAUCGACAGGGUCAGUCAAGCGCUGGAGGGCAUGUACUGUGAUAACAGCCUCUGUCAGGUGCCGUACCGGCUCCACGCGGUGCUGGUCCACGAGGGGCAGGCGUCAGCCGGACACUACUGGGCCUACAUCUAUGACCACGCCGGCCAGCGCUGGAUGAAGUACAACGACGUCCUGGUCAGCGAGGCGUCCUGGGAGGAGCUGGUGCGAGACUCCUACGGAGGGAUGACCAACGCCAGCGCCUACUGCCUCAUGUACAUCGACGACAGGAGGCCCAGCCUCAUCUCAGAGGACACGGAUGAUGAGACGGGUCAGGUCCUGCAGGGGCUUGACUCGCUGCCGCCCGCGCUGCGGCGCUACGUCCGCGAGGACAACCGCUGCUUCCAGCUGGAGCUCCGAGAGUGGGAGGAGCAGUGCUGCCAGCAGCCAAUCACGCGGGAGGAGGGGGGCGUGGCCGCCCCGUCCACAUCCUCCAGACCCACAAGCCCCGCCCCUGCGACAGGAGAGCCUCUGGGGGCGGAGCCGGAACAGAGCCCGGUGACGGAGGAGGAACCGGUGGUGGAGCCGGUGAAGGAGCCUGAAGAAGCCCCCACCCCGCCGGAGGCUGCCCCCCCCAGCCAGACCCCCAGCCCUGGGAGCGACCUGCCUGCUGCUGCCCCCCCCAGCCAGACCCCCAGCCCUGGGAGCGACCUGCCUGCUGCUGCACCCCCUGGGGCCCCUGGGAAGGAGGCGCACAGCCAGCCUCCCCCUCCAGAGAUGAGUUUCACAGAAGACGCUCGCCCCCUCUCCCCUCCCUCCCCCUCCUCCCCCGCCCCCCAGACAGACCCCCAGGCCAGCGAGGUCGAGGCGGGCCCCCCGGGGCCUGACUCUGGGGGCGAGGCAGGUGAGUCAGGCGAGGCAGUCCUGGGCCGGCGGAGGCAGACGUCGGAGAGCGCCGUGUCGGAGGUGGAGAUCCCCAACGUGGGCCGGAUCCUGGUGAGAGCUGACGCAGACGGAUACAACGAGGAGAUGAUGCUGACCCCAGCCAUGCAGGGAGUCAUCAUGGCCAUCGCCAAGGCCCGCCAGGCCUUCGACCAGGACGGCCCCGAGGCUGGGCUCAUCAAGGCCUUCCACGAGGAGUACUCCCGCCUGCUGGAGCUGUCCCAGACAGAGGCUUCGCCCCAGGAGGACCCGCGCCUGCAGCACAUCCUGGUCUACCUGUUCCAGAACCAGGCCCCCAACCGGGUGGUGGAACGCACCCUGCUGGAGCAGUUCACCGACCGCAACCUCAGCUUUGACGACAGGGCGAUCAGCAUCAUGAGGGAGGCACGCUCCAAGCUGCGCCUCAUCAAGCCUGAGGACAUGGACAUGGAUGAGUACAUGCAGUGGCAUGAUGACUACAGCCUCUUCAGGACUGUGUGUGCCUACCUGCUGACCGGACUGGAACACUACCAGCAUGGGAAGCCACGGGAGGCGCUGAGCUACCUGUGCCACGCCCACCAGAGCAACGCCGCCCUGCUGGGGAGAGGAGAGAGGAGGGGCGUGGACCAGACCCUCAUCGCUCUCUACCGGAGGAAGUGCCUUAAAGAGGUGAAUGACAGUGCAGCGGUGUUGUUCAAGGCCGCGGAGGCGGAGGGUGUGGAGGAGGGCGUGGCCAUCAUAAACGAGGCAGUGAUUCCCUGCAUGCACCUGAUGAGCCGGGACGCACUGGAGCAGGACGACCUGGUCACCAUGGAGACCAUACGCAACCAGUGGUGUUCCUACCUGGGCCAGGACCUGGACGACUCCCUGCAGGAGAAGCUGGGAGAGUUUCUCCCCAGAGUUCUGGACUCUUCAGCAGAGACGGUGGUGUUGAAGGACCCUCCCACAGUCCGGUCCAGCGCCCCUAACGACCUCUGCAGCCGGCUGGCCGCCGUCAUGGAGUCCAUCCACGACGGCGCCGUCGUGAGCGUCAAGUAAGGCUGCCCUUUGCCCCGUGAGGUCAGCAAGGUCAAAGGUCAAACAGGAGCUGAAACGCCACACCCAGGCCUGACACCAGAUAUGUGCCACACACUUCAACUCAUAGUGAAGUUAGUUUUUUAUAUAUAUAUGACUUUUAAAACGUGCUUUCGCUAUAUAUUCUUUUUUUUAAGACGAAAUCGUUGCUACACUGAUGCUGAUUGUCUUGAGGCAAAGCUGAAAGGCAGGCGGUGUUUCCUGAAUGUGCGUAAAGGUUUUUAAAUGCAGCGUGUAAAAACUCAGACAGGUUAUACUUCAAGCUGCACAAGUGAAAUAAAUAGUAUUUUUAUAGUUUUGUAGGAUUGCAGUGGAAGACAGGGUCUUGGAGACUUGGAAACAAAGCUUCGCUAAACCUCCCUGUUUGUGUUUCUUUCAAUGAUUUGUACGUUUCACUCCUACUGUGUUUCCACUUCUUGCAAUCUGUGUUGAAGCUCAAUAAACUUUUAAACUUUC